CACCCUGGCCGCCACCAUGCUGGCCUCAGGCAUGCUGCUGGUGGCUGUGCUCACCUGUCUGACUCUCAUGGUGUUGAUGUCUGUCUGGAGGCAGAGGAAGCUCUCAGGAAAGCUGCCUCCAGGCCCCACACCAUUGCCCUUCAUUGGAAACUAUCUGCAGCUCAACACGGAGCAGAUGUACAACUCUCUCAUGAAGUUGAGUGAUCGCUUUGGUCCAGUGUUCACGGUUUACCUGGGCCCUCGGCGGGUCGUGGUGCUGUGUGGUCAGGAGGCCGUGAAGGAGGCGCUGGUGGACCAGGCUGAAGAGUUCAGCGGGCGCGGGGAGCAGGCCACCUUCGACUGGCUCUUCAAAGGCUAUGGUAUGGUCUUCAGCAAUGGGGAGCGGGCCAAGCAGCUGAGACGCUUCUCCAUCGCCACGCUGCGGGACUUUGGACUGGGCAAGAGAGGCAUCGAGGAGCGCAUCCAGGAGGAGGCAGGCUUCCUCAUCCAGGCAAUGCGGGACACACAUGGCACCUUCAUAGAUCCCACCUUCUACCUGAGCAGAACGGUCUCCAAUGUCAUCAGCUCCAUUGUCUUUGGGGACCGCUUCGACUAUGAGGACAAGGAGUUCCUGUCUCUCCUGCGAAUGAUGACGGGCAGCUUCCAGUUCACAGCCACCUCCACUGGGCAGCUCUUUGAGAUGUUUUCCUCCAUCAUGAAGCAUCUGCCGGGACCACAGCAACAGGCUCGUAAGGAGCUGAAGGGGCUGGAGGACUUCAUAACCAAGAAGGUGGAACAGAACCAGCGCACCCUGGACCCCAACUCCCCACGAGACUUCAUUGACUCCUUUCUCAUCCGCAUGCAGGAGGUGUGUGCCGGAGAGAACAAGAAGCAGGUACAAGAGUUCCUGGGGGUGCUCAGCUACUGCUACUUGUGGAUUGUAGGGUUUGCAGAGAUUGCUAAAUCCUUCUAUGCUGAUCUCAGGGGAAGCUAA